CACUUGAUUGGGGUCCAGGUGGUGGACCUGAUUUGAUUGUUGAUGAUGGUGGUGAUGCUACGCUGUUGAUUCACGAGGGUGUUAAGGCGGAAGAGGAGUUUGCCAAGAAUGGGACUGUGCCCGAUCCAAGUUCUACUGACAAUGUUGAGUUUCAGCUUGUGCUUGGGAUUAUCAAGGAGAGUUUGAAGGUUGAUCCUUUGCGGUAUACUAAGAUGAAGGAGAGGCUUGUUGGUGUUUCUGAGGAGACAACUACUGGUGUUAAGAGGCUUUAUCAGAUGCAGGCCAAUGGAACCUUGCUUUUUCCUGCUAUUAAUGUUAAUGACUCUGUUACCAAGAGCAAGUUUGACAACUUGUAUGGAUGCCGCCACUCACUCCCUGAUGGUCUCAUGAGGGCGACUGAUGUUAUGAUUGCUGGAAAGGUUGCCUUUAUUGC